ACAAGUGUUACUUGACGAACAAUUUCGACCAAAAGUGUCAUUUGGCGAACAAUUAGGACCAAAAGUGUCAUUUGACCAACGAUUGGGACCAAAUGUGUCAUUUGACCAACAAUUGAGACAACAAGCGUUAUUUGACGAACAAUUCCGAGCAAAAGUUGCAUUUGGCGAACAAUUGGGACUAAAAGUGUCAUUUGGCGAACAACCGACACCAAGAAUCCAGCAACUCGAUACUCGAAUCUCAGGGACUGAUCAAUUCACGAUGGGCCUAUCAGAUAACGAUUUGAGAAUGGGUAACGGAGGAGCUCCAGGGGGCCAAGUUUUGACUGUUCCAAAUACUGGUCCUACCAAUACCAUAUCCCAGCUCUGUGCAAUUUGCGGUGAUCGUGCUACAGGGAAACAUUAUGGUGCAGCCUCCUGCGAUGGUUGCAAAGGUUUCUUUAGAAGAUCAGUCAGAAAAAAUCAUCUGUAUUCAUGCCGAUUUCACCGAAAUUGCAUUGUCGACAAGGACAAACGUAAUCAAUGUAGAUACUGCAGACUCCGAAAAUGCUUCAAAGCUGGCAUGAAAAAAGAAGCUGUGCAAAAUGAAAGAGAUAGAAUAAGCUGCAGAAGGCCCAGUUACGAGGAACAACAUAAUAUUAACGGUCUAUCUAUUAAUAUCUUGAUGCAUGCUGAAAUGAGUAGCAGAAAAGAAACCUUAGAGGCAAAAGAUACUAAUCUUAGUACGAAACAAAUAGCAACCCUAGCCGACGUGUGCAAUAGCAUGAAAGACCAAUUGAAUAACCUCGUCAAUUGGGCCAAACUCAUUCCACCGUUUCUCAACCUCUCGCUAGACGACCAAGUGGCAUUAUUAAGGGCGCAUGCAGGCGAAACCCUACUACUUGGUGUUGCAAGACGCAGUUUGCACCUUAGAGAUGUAUUACUACUAGGAAAUAAUUGUAUAAUCACCAGAACUGCUCCUGUAUUUAUAUUUUCUUCAGAAGGACAUAAUGAAGAAUUGGACAUCAGUAAAGUUGGUACGAGAGUAAUGGAGGAACUUGUGAAACCAUUCCAAGAUAUCCAAAUGGAUGAUACCGAAUUUGCUUGUCUCAAGGCCAUCGUGUUUUUGGAUCCAUACGCAAAUGGUUUGAGCGAUUCACAAAAAAUCCAGAACAUGCGACAUCAAGUUCAAGUCCUUCUGGAGGAUUAUAUAAGUGAUCGUCAAUACGAAAACCGUGGUCGUUUCGGGGAAAUAUUACUGACAUUGACGGCACUGCAAUCGAUCUCUUGGCAAAUGAUCGAACAAAUUCAAUUUGUCAAAUUGUUUGGUGUAACUCAGAUAGACGAUCUUUUACAAGAAAUGUUACUUGGUGGUGCUAUUACCGAAUUUAACGGAACAUCAACGCCAGUACAACUUUCCACUACUCCUGGAAGUUACGUAAGCAGCAACGGAAGUCCUACAAGUCCGUUAACACCUUCCAAUAUUGCUGGUGGCCCAAUAAGUCCCCAAGAACAAAUAUUAGCAGAUACCAAUCCAGUUUUUAUCAUCAGGGAUUUCGUGUCUAUCGCAGAACAAGACGACAUAAACACCGUUGCUGGAUUCAGAUUAUUUAAACAAGAACCUAGCCUUGAACCAGAACCAACAUUCUGACUAGAUCAGGAAGGACUUAUUUAAUAAACCGAUUGUGUUUCGUUUUAAUCUCUUCCAUACAACGUUAAGACAUUAGGAAAUGAUUUCAUUAUAUCUUUCUUAUUCAUCUCAAUCACACGUGGAUGGUGGUUUCAACAAUUUCGAAUCUAUCGAAGAAACAAUUUAGAUUUUUAUUUGCAACGUUUGAAACUUUUCAAUCCAAUCCACGUAUAAAUGUUGUUUUUCGAUAUAACGUUAAGGAAAAGUAAUGAAAAUAAUUUUUAUGCGUUACUCAAAGAUCAUUCCCUUUUAAUAAAAAAAAAAAAUAUCUUUAGUUUUGUUCUUUUAUAUUUGUUAGCAAUCAAACGGAAAGAUUUAAAAAGAUGUAUUAUCAUCGAUCAUCGAAUUAUACAUGUUUACUUUCUUAUGAGCAUUGAAUCACAAACUACGAUAAUCUUCAAGGCCGUUCUUCGACAACGAAAAAAAAAAAAGAAAAAGAAAAAGAA